AUGACCCGUGGUAACCAGCGCGACACUGAUCGGGCCAAGGCCCAGAAGAAGGCGGCCGCCUCGAAAACUAAGAACAACAUGUCUGGAACUCAGUUCCAAAAGGCCAAGGAGGAUGCUGCUGCUAUCAUGCGCGAGAAGCAGAAGAAGGCCGAUGAAAAACGAGCCGCCGAAGCCGCAGGAGGGAAAAAGAAGUAA